AUGCGCGAGAUCCUCCACAUCCAGGGCGGCCAAUGCGGGAACCAGAUCGGCGCCAAGUUCUGGGAGGUGGUCUGCGCUGAGCACUGCGGCCGCUUCGUCCCUCGUGCUGUGCUCAUGGAUCUCGAGCCCGGGACCAUGGACAGCCUCAGAUCUGGGCCCUACGGCCAGAUCUUUAGGCCCGAUAACUUCGUCUUCGGACAGAGCGGCGCUGGGAACAACUGGGCCAAGGGGCACUACACCGAGGGAGCGGAGCUGAUCGAUUCGGUUCUUGACGUCGUGAGGAAGGAGGCGGAGAAUUGUGACUGCUUGCAGGGUUUCCAAGUAUGCCAUUCUUUGGGUGGAGGAACAGGGUCAGGCAUGGGUACAUUAUUGAUAUCAAAGAUCCGAGAGGAGUACCCAGAUCGCAUGAUGCUCACCUUCUCCGUCUUCCCAUCACCAAAAGUCUCUGAUACAGUUGUUGAACCUUACAAUGCAACUCUUUCUGUGCACCAGCUGGUGGAAAAUGCAGAUGAGUGCAUGGUUCUCGACAAUGAAGCGCUCUAUGAUAUCUGCUUCCGCACUCUCAAGCUAACCACGCCAAGCUUUGGUGAUCUCAACCACUUGAUCUCGGCCACCAUGAGUGGAGUUACAUGUUGCCUCCGCUUCCCUGGGCAACUGAACUCUGACCUCCGCAAGCUCGCAGUAAACCUAAUCCCCUUCCCUCGCCUCCACUUCUUCAUGGUUGGCUUUGCCCCCCUCACCUCCCGUGGGUCUCAGCAGUACCGUUCCCUUACCGUCCCCGAGCUCACCCAGCAAAUGUGGGACUCCAAGAACAUGAUGUGCGCUGCUGACCCAAGGCAUGGGCGAUAUCUCACAGCCUCAGCCAUGUUCCGUGGCAAGAUGAGCACCAAAGAAGUAGAUGAGCAGAUGAUCAACGUCCAGAACAAGAACUCGUCCUACUUUGUCGAGUGGAUCCCCAACAAUGUGAAGUCCACAGUGUGUGACAUCCCGCCCACGGGGCUCAAGAUGGCCUCGACCUUCAUUGGGAACUCCACUUCGAUUCAGGAAAUGUUCCGUAGGGUUAGCGAGCAGUUUACUGCUAUGUUUAGGAGAAAGGCUUUCUUGCAUUGGUACACUGGGGAGGGAAUGGACGAGAUGGAGUUCACUGAGGCAGAGAGCAACAUGAACGAUUUGGUGUCCGAGUAUCAGCAGUAUCAGGAUGCGACUGCUGAUGAAGAGGGCGAGUACGAGGAUGAAGAGGAUGGCGAGUACGAGGGGGCCUGAUCUAUCGAAAAUUGAAAGUCUCUGUUCUUAUGAACUUCUGUGUUUGAAUGGUUUCCUUCUGGGUGUGAUCUGAAGUAAUAUCAGUUUGCCUUUUUGUUUGUUUUUUCCUUCUUCUUUAUUAACUGCAAGUGGGCUAUGAAGUUCUCUAAAAUGUAAGUGUUUUGGUGAAAUUUGAUGGUUGUGCUCAAUAGAAACUUUUUUGGUUAUUUGA